GUUUGAGUGAGGAAAGAAAGUGCAACGAGGGAGCUGCUGUCACUGCUCUGUUAUUGAAGAAGUGACAAUAUCGCCGGAACAGCCGAGCGACAAUCCCAGGAGAUUCGCCGAUAGAAUGCCAGUAGAGGUGACACCUCUUCAGAUGUGGGAACAUGUUGGCUAUGGACCAAGGAGUGGUGGAGGAAUGGCUUUCAGAAUAUAAGACGCUGCCAGACAAUGCCGUGUCAGCAUAUGCCGUAACGCUAAGAGACAAAGGUGCCCUGGUGCUCGCACUCUACAAGGUCAUCCGAGAGAACUACAGUGAACUGCUGGAGCCAGUGUGUCACCAGUUGUUUGAGUUUUACCGGAGUGGUGACCCGCAUCUGCAACGUUUCACUCUCCAGUUCCUGCCGGAACUUCUGUGGAGCCUGCUCUCCGUCAGCGCCGCCAGAGACCCGCACACCUCGGGCUGUAUCGAGGCCCUGCUGCUCGGCAUCUACAACCUGGAAAUAGUCGAUAAAGAUGGACAGAGUAAAGUAUUAUCCUUCACCGUCCCUUCCCUUUCCACGCCCUCGGUGUAUCACGAGCCGUCGACCAUCGGAUCCAAUGCCCUGACGGAAGAAGCCCUGGCCAAUCACGGACUGAGCAGGGUGGUGUACAGCGGGCCACACCUCCAGAGAGAAAACUUCACCGCACAGAACAGAUUUGAUGUGCUGACGUUCCUGUUGCUGUGCUACAACGCUGCACUCAGCUUCAUGAGCACCACCUCCCUCCAGUCCCUCUGCCAGCUCAGCUCUCGAGUGUGUAUAUGUGGUUACCCGCGGCAACAGAUGCGGCGCUAUAAAGGUAUUAGCGCGCGGAUGACGGUCACAUCAGAUUUCUUGGUUCAACUCCUCACAGGGAUACACUUUGCAUCGUGCAACGGGGAAGCGGAACUGGGAUCCAAAGCCCUGGAUGACGUUCUGUAUCGGGCCCAGCUGGAGUUGCUCCCCGAAGCGCUGUUGGUGGGUAACGCCAUCAAGUCGUCGCUGCGGGGAGCAGCGCUGAAGAGCAACACCAAGGAGGGCGCUCGGAGUAUCCAGGUGGAGAUAACACCCACCGCCUCCAGGAUCUCCCGAAACGCUGUCACUUCCCUCUCUAUAAGGGGCCACCGCUGGAAACGACACGACGCAGUGGAUCUGGGUUCCCCGGACGAGCUGAUGGAUAUUUCCGAGGCGGACGAGGGGGUGUGGCCGGGCGGCGGGGGGCCCGACGUGAACCCGCCCACCAUCACCAUCAGCAACAGCGUGACCACGUUAAACCUGGGCGCCAAGGCCAUGAAGAAGUGUCGCCUGGGCGGGCGCGGCAGCAAGGACAAAGAGGCCGGCCCCCUCGCCGCCGCCGGCGGCCGGGCGGCCAGCGAGCACGCCGAGGUCUCCGCCAAGCGCCUCACGCUGACCUCCAGCCAGUCGGUGCCCAAGGCGGGGGCGCUCACCAGCCUGACGCGCACGGCCAGCGCCGUAUUCUCCCGCUCCUUUGAGCAGGUCGCCGGCGCUCCCGCCCCGGCCCCCAGUAACCACACUGCCUCAGAAUCCGGCCACUAUCCAUGCAGUCUUCAAGAGGAAGGGAUGGGGUACUUAAGUCCAGGUCCUAACCACACGCAGCGCUCCACCAGCAUCGGUGUGCACCUUGGCUCGGACCUUUGAGGUAUUUUAAUAUCCGACCCUGCCAGUCUACACACCUGGACCUGCAAGCCAUGACCACUCCGAGGGACCAGGAUCCUUGGCGAGGAACACUCUGGUGGUUUCUCUAGGCAAACCGCGACGUGUGUUCUCUGGGACAAAAAAAGCCACCUUGCAGCUUUCUCUGACUGGUCCGGUUGUCAGGAACAAAUUGCACUCCUCACCUCGUCUAAAUAGGUGCACUUGAAGGGGAUCUGCCCUUUUUUCUGGAAUUUUGCCUAUCAUUCACAAUCCUGAGGUAAGACCAGAACACAUUUCUUUUUUGAUGCAUUCUAAAUAGCUAAUAAAUGUGAUCAAAAGUCUGCUUACAAUGGAGCAUAGUGGAGUUGCUCUAUUCUGCCAACAAAGCCCUUAAAAAAUAUCCAAUUAAGGUUUUAUAUACACACUA